AUGGCCACCCCGUCGGCAGCCGUCGCUGAAGUGUCUGGGUUUGUCAGUUUUUUGGGAAAGUUUGUGCCGGUUCUCUUGGAAGAAUCUGACGACAAUCCGGAGAACUUCAACAGCGCUCUCAAAGAUGUCAACGCUACUGAAAGUAUCAAAAAGUUUCUUGGAGACCCGCAGAUACCAGCUCUUUUUGUGCAAAAGGCUGCUGUUACAAAAGAGGCAGUCACUGGUGAAGGUGAUGAAAAAGAAAAUUACACCUACAGCAUUACAAUUGAAGUCAGAUAUACUCAUCCUAAAACUAGCAGUGUGGUUAUAUUGAAAAAGACGCCAAUAGUGGAGGCAGAUAAGAGCUUUGCCUCCCAGGUUAGAUUGAUGACUUUUAGUGAGGGAUCCCCUUAUGAAACUCUUCAUUCGUACAUCAGUGGGGCUGUGGCACCAUAUUUCAAAUCAUUUAUUAGAGCAUCGGGCAAAGCAGAUAGAGAUGGAGAUAAAAUGGCACCCUCUGUUGAGAAGAAGAUUGAGGAACUGGAGUUGGGAUUGUUGCAUCUGCAGCAGAACAUUGAUAUUCCUGAGAUCACGUUGACGGUUCAUCCUUACGUUGCACAGGUCAUCAAAAAGUGUGCUGAAGAAAAAAGAAAACCCAAAGUGUCUGACUUUGGAGAUAAAACAGAAGAUGCACAGUUUUUGAACCAGCUCCAUAGCUGUGUCAACAAGUGGACAAACGAAAUAAGAAAAGUGACCAAGAUAGACAGAGAUGCAUCUUCUGGAACUUCCCUCCAGGAGAUCAGCUUCUGGUUGAACCUUGAACGUGCUCUUCUCAAGAUCCAGGAAAUGAGGGAAAGCAUUGAAGUGUCCUUGACAUUGGAUAUUUUGAAAGCAGGGAAGAGAUUUCAUGCCACUGUUGGUUUUGAUAAUGAUACAGGAUUGAAGCAGGCAAUGGCGACAGUGAAUGAUUACAAUCCUCUCAUGAAGGACUUUCCAUUGUCUGACCUUCUUUCUGCAACAGAACUGGAUCGAAUCAAACUUGCACUUGUCAACAUUUUCAAUCAUUUGAAGAAGAUUCGAAACACGAAAUAUCCCAUCAUGAGGUGCCUCAGGCUUGUUGAAGCCAUCUCAAAAGAUCUCAGUGCACAGAUGCUCAAAGUCCUGGGCACCAGAAGAUUCAUGCAUGUCAUGUUUGAUGAUUUUGAAAAGGUGAUGGGAGCGUGUUUUGAGAUCUUCCAAACGUGGGAUGAUGAGUAUGAGAAACUUCAGAAUCAGUUGAGAGAGCUGGCAAAGAAGAAGAAGGAAGACAACAUGAAGAUGGUCUGGAAGAUCAAUCUCACACACAAGAAGCUUCAGACAAGAUUGGAGCAAAUUAGAAAGUUCAGAAGACAGCAUGAACAGUUGAGGCAAGUGAUUUUCAGAGUGUUGAGACCUAGCACUUCACCACAACAACCACAGCAACAGCCUCAGCAACAACCUCAGCAGCAACAACCGCAAGAACAACAACAACAUUCACCUGACCAGCAGGCAUUGUUUGAUGGAGCAGACUUCAACUCUAUGGAGGAAGUGAACCUGGCAUAUGACAAUGUUAAGGGUGUGGAUUGCUUGGAUGUGUCAGCAGAGGGCACUCUUGCUUGGGAGGCUGCUAACAAAAGAUACAAUGAGCGCAUAGACAGAGUGGAGAGUCGCAUAACAACUCGAUUGAAGGGACAACUAGCUACGGCUAAAAAUGCCUUGGAAAUGUUUCGCAUAUUCUCUCGCUUUAAUGCCCUGUUCGUGCGUCCACACAUCAGAGGUGCCAUCAGAGAGUACCAGACACAACUGAUUCAAAGGGUGAAGGAUGACAUUGAAUCUUUGCAUGAGAUGUUCAAAACAGGAUACCCUCACAGCAAGUCCUGUUCCAUGAGUCAGAGCAGAGAUCUGCCUCCAGUAGCUGGCUCUAUCAUCUGGGCCCGCCAGAUUGAACGACAGCUGAACACUUACAUGCAUCGAGUUGAAGAUGUUCUUGGAAAGGGAUGGGAAAGUUAUGUGGAUGGUCAAAAGUUGAAAUCUGAUGGGGACAGUUUUAGAUUGAAGCUCAACACACAGCCACUCUUUGAUGAUUGGGUCAACAAGGUUGUGACUAACAAGCAGAUUCCAGUAUCUGGUAGAAUUUUCACAAUUGAAAAUGUAAGGUCAAGAAUUUCUGGUAAAGCCAACGUUCUCCAUCUUAAGGUCAACUUUGCUCCAGACAUCAUCACGUUAUCCAAAGAGGUUGUUCGUAAUUUGAAAUGGCUCGGAUUCAGGAUCCCAUUGACAAUUGUGAACAAGGCACACACUGUUAAUCAGCUAUAUCCUUUUGCCAUCUCAUUACAUGAAAGUGUCAACUCAUACGAAAAAUCAUGUGAAAAGAUUGAUGAAAGGACGAACAUAUCACUGUUAGUGGCUGGCAUGAAGCGAGACAUUCAGUUCAUGAUCACUGAAGGUGCAGGUCUAGCUUGGGAAUCAUACAAACUCGAUCCAUUCGUGCAGAGGAUGUCAGAGGUGACAUUUCAGUUUCAGGAGAAAGUCGAUGAUCUGUUGAUUGUCGUUGAACAAAUCGAUCUGGAAGUGAAAGCAUUGGAUUCUUGUGCAUACAGUCAAGCAACAUUUACUGAAGUUCUCUCUAAGAUACAGAAACACGUUGAUGAUCUCAGUCUCAAUCAAUAUUCCAACUUGCCACAGUGGGUUGCCAAACUGGAUCAGGAGGUUGAACAACGACUUGCAGCUCGUUUAGAAGCUGGUUUGAAAGCAUGGACUCAAAUGUUAGAAAAUGAAUCUAAAGAAGAAGGCAUGGAUAACAACAUGGAUACAGAUGCUCCUACUCAACUAGCCUACAAAGCUGGAGGAGAACCCAAGUUGAAGCAAUUUGUGCAUGAACUGCGCAUAACCAAUCAAGUGAUGUACUUGAGUCCUCCGGUUGAGGAGGCGAGGUCGAACAUUUUGAGUGACCUCUUCCAGUGGGAGUCCAUUGUUGUCAAUUUGCCUCGUAUCACUCAUGCCAGAUAUCAGGUUGGCUGGUUGGUGUGUUGGCCUCUUGGCGCCUCAGAAACACACUACAAAAAUUUGCUCGCCAAAUUGCCAUCAGGACAGGAUGCAGUGGUUGGGGCCUACAAUGCUAUUGAAAAGAUCAUCAAGGAUGUGGAUGCAUAUGUCCAUAUCUGGCUGGAUUAUCAGGCUCUGUGGGACUUACAAGCCGACUUCCUUUAUGGAAAGUUGGGCUCUGACAUUCCCAAGUGGAUGAAAGCUCUUGAAGAUAUCAAGUUGUCAAGAAAAACGUUUGAUACAUCUGAAACCUCCAAAGAAUUUGGUCCUAUUAAAAUUGAUUUUGGGAAAGUGCAGUCAAAAGUGAGCAUCAAGUAUGAUUCAUGGCACAAGGAGGUGCUCUCAAAGUUUGGAAACAUGUUGGGAACUGAGAUGCAAGACUUCUUUGGCCAGAUAUCAAAGUCGCGUACAGACUUGGAGCAGCAGUCCAUUGAAACGUCGAACACAUCAGAAGCCGUUGGAUUCAUCACUUACGUUCAGUCUCUCAAGAAGAAAGUGAAAUCAUGGGAAAAACAAGUGGAUUCAUACAAGGAGGGUCAGAGGAUCCUUGAACGACAGAGGUUCCAGUUCCCGAACACUUGGCUGUACAGUGACAACAUAGAAGGAGAAUGGGGGGCAUUCAGUGACAUCCUCAAGAGGAAGGACUCUUCCAUUCAAACACAAGUUGCAUCUCUUCAGAUGAAAAUUGUUUCAGAGGACAAAAUCGUUGAAAAUAAAACUUCAGAUCUUCUCAAUGAAUGGGAACAUGAUAAACCUGUCCAGGGUAGUGUGAAACCUGAUGAAGCAUUGAAAGCACUGACAAUAUUUGAAGGUAAAUUUUCAAGAUUGAAGGAAGAGAGAGACAACAUUGUGAAAGCCAAGGAAGCUCUUGAACUCUCUGAACCAGGUAUUUUAUUUGCCAGUGACCAGCGCAUGAUGGUGGGUGCUGAAGAACUGCAAGAUCUGAAAAGUGUUUGGGUGGAAUUGUCUGCAAUCUGGAAAGAAAUUGAUGAGAUGAAAGAGAAGCCAUGGUUGUCUAUUCAACCAAGAAAGAUCCGUCAGUCACUGGAUGACUUGUUGAACAAGUUGAAGGAACUUCCAGCUCGCAUGCGAAGCUACCCCUCAUACGAAUACCUCAAAUCAGUCAUCACCUCUUACACCAAAGUUAAUGUCCUCAUCGUUGAACUUAAAUCUGAAGCUGUCAAGGAGCGACACUGGAAAUCUCUAAUGAAGAAGUUGAGAGUAAACUGGGUCCUAUCUGAACUUACGCUUGGUCAUGUGUGGGAAGCUGAUUUGUUUAAAAACGAGGCAAUUAUUAGAGAUGUACUGCUUGUGGCUCAAGGAGAGAUGGCUCUUGAGGAGUUUUUGAAGCAGGUGAGUGAGGUAUGGAAGACUUAUGAACUGGAGCUGAUAAACUACCAAAACAAAUGUCGUCUGAUCAGAGGCUGGGAUGAUCUGUUCACUAAGGUCAAGGAGCACAUCAACAGUGUUGCUGCCAUGAAACUGUCGCCUUAUUAUAAAGAAUUUGAAGAGGAUGCAUUGUCAUGGGAGGACAAAUUGAAUCGUAUCAAUGCACUGUUUGAUGUUUGGAUUGAUGUUCAGAGAAGAUGGGUCUACUUGGAAGGUAUUUUCACUGGCUCAGCUGACAUCAAACAUCUGCUGCCAGUCGAAACUUCAAAAUUCCAGGGAGUGUGCACCGAAUUUUUGGCCCUCAUGAAGAAAGUUGCCAAGUCACCGCUAGUCAUGGAUGUGCUCAACAUUCCUAAUGUUCAGAAACAGUUGGAGAGAUUGGCUGAUCUCCUUAGCAAGAUUCAGAAAGCUUUGGGUGAAUAUCUUGAAAGAGAGAGAUCUUCAUUUCCAAGGUUCUAUUUUGUUGGAGAUGAAGAUUUGUUGGAAAUUAUCGGCAACAGUAAGAAUGUGACCAGACUGCAGAAGCAUUUCAAGAAGAUGUUUGCUGGUGUGCAUGCCAUCAUCCUUGAUGAGGAGCAGACGACCAUCACUGGAUUGUCGUCAAAGGAAGGGGAAGAGAUGAAAUUCUUCAAUCCUAUUGUCUUGAAAGAUCGCAAAAUAAAUGAAUGGUUGACGAUGGUUGAGCAGGAGAUGCGCAUGAGUCUGGCACGUCUUCUGGCACAGGCCGUUCAGGACAUGGGAGAUUUCAGGUCGAAGAACAUUGAGCAACAAAAAUAUCUGCUGUGGGCUGAUAAAUAUCAGGCUCAACUUGUUGUGUUGGCCGCUCAAAUAUCCUGGUCAGAAAUGAUGGAGAAGGCACUUCAAACCAUUGAACAGAAGGCACCAGGCCACGAAACUGCUACUACCGAUGUGCUUGACAUAAUGGAUGCAACUUUGAACGUUUUGGCUGAUUCUGUCCUCCAUGAACAACCACCUGUCAGAAGAAAGAAGUUGGAACACUUGAUAACAGAGCUGGUGCAUCAACGUGACGUAACUCGUCUGAUUGUGAAGAAUAAAGUUUCCAGUCCUCAAUCAUUUGAAUGGCUCUCUCAGAUGAGAUUCUACUUUGAUCCCAAGAAUUCAGAUGUGUUGCAACAACUCAGCAUACACAUGGCCAAUGCCAAGUUUAAUUAUGGAUUUGAAUAUCUUGGAGUGCAAGAGAAGUUAGUACAAACACCCCUCACUGAUCGUUGUUAUCUCACCAUGACCCAAGCUCUCGAAGCAAGACUUGGUGGAUCUCCCUUUGGCCCAGCAGGAACGGGUAAAACAGAGUCAGUAAAGGCUCUCGGCAACCAGCUUGGCAGAUUUGUGCUGGUUUUCAACUGUGAUGAAACUUUUGACUUCCAGGCCAUGGGACGUAUAUUUGUGGGGCUGUGCCAAGUGGGAGCGUGGGGAUGCUUCGAUGAGUUCAACCGUCUCGAAGAGAGAAUGUUGUCGGCCGUCUCUCAGCAAAUUCAGACUAUUCAAGAGGCACUCAAGGAAAAUGCUGCUGCUGAAAAAGGAGCUGCCCAAAUUCAAGUGGAGCUGGUUGGCAAGCAAGUGCGAGUUAACAGUGAUAUGGCCAUCUUCAUCACCAUGAAUCCUGGAUACGCAGGCAGAUCAAACCUGCCAGACAAUCUCAAAAAACUCUUCAGGUCACUGGCCAUGACCAUGCCAGAUAGGCAACUCAUUGCUCAAGUCAUGUUGUACUCACAAGGAUUUAGAACUGCUGAGAAAUUGGCUUUGAAAAUUGUACCAUUUUUCAAACUGUGUUUUGAGCAGUUGUCACCUCAGUCACAUUACGACUUUGGUCUACGUGCCCUGAAAAGUGUGCUGGUCAGUGCAGGCAACGUAAAGAGAGACCACAUCCAACUAAUCAAGCAGGGAAUGAUUGAGAGACAAGAAACAGUUGAUGAGGCUGCCAUUGCUGAACAUUUGCCGGAACAAGAAAUUCUGAUUCAAAGCAUCAUGGAAACGAUGGUGCCCAAAUUGGUGGCAGAAGAUAUUCCUCUGUUGAACAGUUUGUUAUCCGAUGUCUUUCCUGGCGUAUCAUACCAGCCUGCUGAGAUGGCGAAACUGAAGGAAGAAUUGAAGAAGGUGUGUGAGGAAAUGUACUUGGUGCAUGGAGGUGAUGCAGAUUCGGUGCAUGGAGGUCUUUGGAUGGAAAAGGUGCUUCAAUUGUACCAAAUAGCCAACAUACAUCACGGUUUGAUGAUGGUGGGACCGAGUGGCAGUGGCAAGAGUACUGCCUGGAAGGUUCUGUUGAAGGCACUGGAACGAAUUGAAGGUGUCGAAGGAGUUGCCCAUGUUAUCGAUCCCAAGUCCAUCUCCAAAGAUUCGUUAUAUGGAAGCAUGGAUCAAAACACAAGGGAAUGGACUGACGGAUUGUUUACCCAUAUCUUAAGAAAAAUUAUCGACAAUGUCCGUGGUGAGAUCGGCAAGAGACAGUGGAUCAUAUUUGAUGGUGACGUUGAUCCAGAAUGGGUGGAGAACUUGAAUUCAGUGUUGGAUGAUAACAAAUUACUGACACUACCCAAUGGCGAACGUCUCGGCAUACCACCAAAUGUUCGCAUCAUGUUUGAAGUGCAAGAUUUGAAGUAUGCCACGCUGGCCACAGUCAGUCGAUGUGGCAUGGUGUGGUUUAGUGAAGACGUCCUCACUAUGGACAUGGUGUUUGAGAACUACCUGUCCAAACUUCGAAGUGUUCCAUUAGACGAGAGUGAGGAGGAGCAGAAGAACAAACCAAGCAAAUCUCAAGAUGACGAGAUUUCUCCAUCAUUGCAGAUUCAAAAGGAUUGUGCAGUUGUUCUGCAGCCAUAUUUCCAGCACAAUGGUCUAGUGAGCAAAUGUUUGGACUUCGGAGCAACAUUAGAGCAUAUCAUGGAUUACACCAAGUUGAGGUCAUUGGGCACACUGUUCUGUAUGUUGAAUCAAGUUGUUCGAAACUUGGUUGCCUACAACCUCUCACAUCCGGACUUCCCUAUUCAAGCUAGCCAACUAGAGAAGUACACAUCAAAGUCAUUGAUUUAUUCCCUACUCUGGUCCAUAGCUGGAGAUGGAAAAUUGAAGGUUCGUCAGGAGUUAGGAGAGUUCAUCAAAGGAAUAACCACUGUUCCACUGCCCUCUGGAACCAAUCCCAUCAUAGAUUUUGAGGUAACAUUGCAAGGUGAAUGGAUACCAUGGACUGCCAAGGUUCCUCAAGUCGAAAUAGAAACUCACAAGGUGGGAACGCCAGAUGUGGUUAUUCCAACCAUUGAUACAGUGCGCCAUGAAGCAUUGCUUUCCACCUGGUUGUUUGAACACAAACCAAUGGUUCUCUGCGGACCUCCGGGAUCUGGCAAAACAAUGACCCUAUUUAGUGCACUUCGUGCUCUGCCUGAACUGGAGGUGGUGGGUUUGAACUUUUCGAGUGCCACCACUCCUGAAUUGAUGCUGAAGACAUUUGACCACUACUGUGAAUAUAAGAAGACUCCAAAUGGUCUGGUUCUUUCACCACUUCAACUCAACAAAUGGUUGGUUCUUUUCUGCGAUGAGAUCAACUUGCCUGAUAUGGACAAAUAUGGUACUCAACGUAUCAUCUCCUUCCUACGUCAGAUGGUGGAGCAUGGCGGGUUCUACAGGACAUCAGACCAAACGUGGGUGAAAUUUGAAAGGAUUCAAUUUGUGGGUGCAUGCAAUCCUCCAACUGAUCCAGGCAGGAAGCCUCUGUCUCACAGAUUCCUGCGACAUGUGCCAGUUGUGUAUGUGGAUUAUCCUGGACAGGUUUCCUUGUGUCAGAUAUAUGGAACGUUCAACAGAGCCAUGCUCAGGUUGAUACCAAGCUUGAAGGCCUAUGCUGAACCCCUCACUAAUGCUAUGGUGGAACUUUAUUUGCUGUCACAAACUCGUUUCACUCAUGAUAUGCAACCGCACUACAUCUACAGCCCUCGUGAGAUGACGAGGUGGGUGAGAGGUAUAUGCGAGGCCCUGAGACCCCUUGAGACGUUGCCCGUGGAGGGACUUGUCAGGAUUUGGGCUCACGAAGCUCUCAGGCUCUUCCAGGAUAGAUUGGUAGACAGUGAAGAGAGACAAUGGACGAAUGAGCACAUUGAUUCGAUUGCACUUAAACAUUUCCCGAAUGUGAACAAGGAAGCGUCCUUGAAGAGACCAAUCCUGUACAGUAACUGGCUGUCGAAGGACUACAUGCCUGUUGAGCAGGAAGAUCUGAGGGAUCAUGUCAAGGCCAGAUUGAAGGUGUUCUAUGAGGAAGAAUUGGAUGUUCCUUUGGUGUUGUUUGAUGAAGUUCUUGAUCAUGUGCUUCGCAUUGACAGAAUUUUCAGACAACCACAAGGCCACUUGCUGCUGAUUGGCGUGAGUGGCUCAGGCAAGACGACAUUGUCAAGAUUUGUGGCCUGGAUGAAUGGACUAAGUAUCUUCCAAGUGAAGGUACACAACAAAUACACAGCUGAAGACUUCGAUGAAGAUCUACGGUCUGUGCUCAGAAGAUCUGGAUGCAGGGGGGAGAAGAUAUGCUUCAUCAUGGAUGAAUCCAAUGUUCUUGAUUCAAGUUUCUUGGAAAGAAUGAACACACUUUUGGCUAAUGGAGAGGUUGUUCCUGGUCUGUUUGAGGGUGAUGAAAUGACGACCCUGAUGACCCAGUGCAAGGAUGGGGCACAGAAGGAAGGUCUCAUGAUUGACACACAGGAAGAAUUGUACAAGUGGUUCACUCAGCAGGUGAUGUACAAUCUCCAUGUUGUCUUUACAAUGAACCCGUCAUCAGAAGGUCUGAAGGAUCGUGCCUCAACAUCGCCUGCUCUCUUCAACAGAUGUGUACUGAAUUGGUUUGGAGACUGGAGCAACAAUGCUUACUACCAAGUUGGAAAAGAGUUUACCAGCAAGAUUGAUCUUGAAAAAUCAAUGGCAUGUUUCCGCUGUCUUUACAAUGUUCCUCAGAACUUGAUUGGCCUACCAGAGAACAUUCCGCCACCGACAUCGCACAGAGAAGCAGUCAUCUCCACCAUGGUGUUCGUGCAUCAGACACUUCAUCAGGCAAACUCGAGAGUUGCCAAGAGAGGGGGAAGGACUAUGGCCAUCACGCCCAGGCACUAUCUGGAUUUCAUUAAUCACUAUGUGAAAUUAUACAAUGAGAAGAGAUCUGAUCUGGAAGAACAACAACUGCAUUUGAACAUUGGGUUGCAGAAGAUCAGAGAAACAGUGGAGCAAGUUGAAGAACUGCAGAGGUCCUUGUCAAUCAAGAGGAAUGAACUGGAAGAGAAAAAUAACCUGGCCAACAACAAACUUAAACAAAUGGUGAAAGAUCAGCAAGAGGCAGAACGAAAGAAGCAGACGUCAAUGGAAAUUCAACAAGCUCUUGAGAAACAGACCGAAGUCAUCCAGGAGAAGAGGGCAAGUGUCAUGGGAGAUCUCUCCAAAGUUGAGCCUGCUGUCACGGAGGCUCAACAAGCUGUGAAGGGUAUAAAGAAGCAGAAUUUGGUGGAAGUUCGAUCGCUGCCCAGUCCUCCGCCUGCGGUGAAGUUGGCUCUCGAGGGUAUCUGCACGUUGUUGGGAGAGAAGGACAUGGAUUGGAAGUCUAUGAGGCAGGUUAUCAUGAGAGAUAACUUCAUCAGCACCAUCAUCAAUUUCAACACAGAGGAUAUCACGGCUGAAAUUCGUCAGAAAAUGGACAAAUACAUAAAAAAUCCUGAAUAUACAUUUGAGAAGAUCAACAGAGCGUCAAUUGCUUGUGGCCCCAUGGUCAAAUGGACUAUUGCCCAGAUCAUGUACUCUGAAAUGUUGAACAAAAUUGAACCACUUAAAAAUGAACUGACUGCUCUGGAAGUUGAAGCCAACGAAAAUCGCAAGAAAAACGAAGAAAUGCAGAAUCUAGUGGCCCAACUUGAGAAAAGUAUUGCAAGAUACAAGGAAGAAUAUGCUCUUCUCAUCAGUCAGGCACAGGCUAUCAAGGCUGAUCUCGCUUCUGUGGAGACCAAAGUUGGCAGAAGUGUGGCACUGCUUCAAAGUUUGACGGGAGAACGAGCCAGGUGGGAGAUGGGUAGUGAGUCAUUCAAGAACCAAAUGUCGACCAUCAUCGGAGAUGUUCUCGUUAUGUCUGCUUUCAUGGCCUAUGCUGGUUAUUAUGACCAACACAUGAGGCAGAAUCUCUUCCUGACCUGGUGCCACCAUAUGCAGGACUUCAACAUUCAGUUCAAGUCUGAUAUCGCCAGAAUUGAGUACUUGUCCAAUGCUGACGAUCGAUUAAAGUGGCAGGCAUGCAGUCUGCCCUCUGAUGACCUGUGCACUGAAAAUGCAAUCAUGCUCAACAGAUUCAACCGGUACCCACUGAUCAUUGACCCAUCUGGUCAAGCAACAGAGUUUAUACUCAACUUCUACAAGGAAAAGAAAAUCACGAAAACGAGUUUCCUGGAUGAUGCGUUCCGUAAGAACUUGGAGAGUGCACUUCGAUUUGGAAAUCCUCUGUUGGUGCAGGAUGUGGAAAGUUAUGAUCCCGUCUUGAAUCCUGUGCUAAACAGGGAGUUGAGGAGGACGGGAGGCAGGGUUCUCAUCACCCUUGGAGACCAAGACAUCGAUCUUUCACCAUCAUUCACCAUUUUCUUGUCCACCAGAGAUCCUACUGUUGAAUUUCCUCCGGAUUUGUGCUCCAGAGUGACAUUUGUCAACUUCACCGUUACACGAAGCAGUUUGCAGAGUCAGUGUCUGAACCAAGUUCUGAAGGCAGAGAGACCUGAUGUCGAUGCAAAAAGAUCAGAUCUCCUCAAGUUGCAGGGUGAGUUCUUGUUACGAUUGCGUCACUUGGAAAAGUCACUGCUGACAUCACUGAAUGAGGCGAAGGGUCGCAUUCUGGAUGAUGACAGCAUCAUCACUAACUUGGAGAUGUUGAAGAAGGAGGCCCAGGAGAUUGCGAAACGUGUUGAGGAGACAGAUGCUACAAUUGCGGAAGUGGAGAGCACGUCUCAACAGUACAGUGCAUUGGCUCAGUCAUGCAGCAGUAUUUACUUCACUCUUGAAUCUCUUAAUCAAGUCCAUUUCCUGUAUCAAUAUUCACUGCAAUUCUUUUUGGACAUUUUUGGUUGUGUCCUAUGCAGUAAAUCUCUUCAAGGGAUUACAAACUACACAACAAGGCUUGAUAUCAUUAUCAAGGAAAUAUUCCAGGUGACAUUCAGCAGAGUAUCGAGAGGCAUGCUCCAUCAGGAUCGAAUCACGCUGGCUGUUCUCAUGGCCAGAAUUCAUCUCAAGCUCUCACCCAAUGAGCCACAGUAUGAAGCAGAGUUCACACAUUUGAUGAGAGGACAGGAAGGGUUGUUGAAGGAAACCCUUCCCAAAUAUGAUUAUUUGAAGCCAAGCCAAAUUGAGGCACUGGUUCGUUUGGAAAAACUUCCAAAGUUCAAAACCGUCAGACGUAAUCUGGACAACAAUGAAGAUGAAAUCAAGCAGUGGCUGGAUGUGGUAGCAGGCGAGCAGGAAGUUCCUGUCAUUUGGGAUGAAGACAAACCUUUAGGUCCUGUUGGACAGGCAGUUUACAAGAUGUUGAUGAUCCAUGCAUUCAGGCCGGACAGAUUGUUGGCUGCUACUAAUCAAUUUGUCAAUGCGGUCCUCGACCCGUCCUUCCUGGCAGAUGCUGAGAAGGAACUCGAUCUGGCAUACGUCGUGGAAAAUGAGGUGAAAUCCAACACUCCAAUAUUGAUGUGUGCAGUUCCUGGAUUUGAUGCAAGUGGGCGAGUGGAUGAUUUGGCUGCUGAACUCAACAAGCAAAUCACUUCUAUUGCUAUUGGGUCAGCUGAAGGUUUUAGCCAAGCAGACAAGGCCAUCAACUCGGCCACAAAGAAUGGAAAAUGGGUAAUGUUGAAGAACGUUCAUUUGGCUCCUCAGUGGCUCGUGCAACUGGAAAAGAAACUCCACAGUCUAACGCCACACAAUAGUUUCAGACUCUUUCUUACUAUGGAAAUUAAUCCAAAAUUACCUGUCAACUUGUUGAGAGCUGGAAGAGCAUUCGUGUAUGAACCCCCUCCAGGUAUACGGGCCAAUCUGCUUAGAACGUUCAGCACCAUUCCAGCUGCGAGGAUGACUAAGGCUCCAUACGAAAGAUCGAGAUUAUACUUCUUGUUGGCUUGGUUCCACGCAGUUGUGCAGGAGAGGCUGACGUAUGCACCACUGGGAUGGUCCAAGAGGUACGAAUUCAAUGAGUCUGACAUGAAAUGUGCUUGCGAUACGAUCGACAUCUGGAUUGAUGCUGUAUCUCAGGGUCGCACGAACAUCCCGCCGCAAAAGGUACCAUGGGAUGCAUUCAGAACGCUCCUGUCACAAUGCAUAUACGGUGGCAAGAUUGACAACCAGUUUGAUCAGCGUCUGAUGACAGCUUUCGUGAACAAGUUGUUCACUGAGAAGAGUUUUGAUUCUAAAUUUGUGCUGGUUCCUUCGAUCGAUGGCAACAAGGAGAAGAACAUUUGCAUGCCUGACGGUGUCAAGAGGGAUGAUUUCGUUCACUUUAUUGAAACUCUCGGUGAUCAACAGACGCCAUCGUGGCUGGGUCUGCCAAACAACGCUGAGAAGGUACUUCUCACCAGUCUAGGUUCGGAAAUGAUAAACAAAAUAAUGAAGAUGCAGAUGUUGGAGGAUGAUGAGGAGCUGGCCUAUGCACCCGUUUCUGAUUCCUCGAACAAGGAGAGGAAAGCAGUUGAUGGCAGGCCAGCUUGGAUGAGGACGUUGAGCAAUUCGCUCCACACCUGGUCUCAAAUGCUUCCUAAGACAAUUGCUCCGCUGAAGAGGACCACGGAGAACAUCAAGGACCCUCUGUUUAGAUUUUUUGAAAGGGAAGUGAAUGCAGGCAUCAAGUUGUUGGCUGAUGUAAGGAGGGACAUGGAAGAUGCCAUGCAGAUAUGUUUGGGAGAGAAGAAACCGACCAACCAUCACAGAGUUCUCAUAGCUGAGUUGGCCAAGGGGAUCAUCCCGAAGACCUGGCAGAGGUACACAAUCCCUCAGGGCAUUACAGUCAUCCAGUGGAUCACCGACUUCAGCGAUCGAGUUCGACAGCUUCACUCCAUCUCGCAGGCCAGCUCGCAAUCUGGUCCCGCUGCUCUCAAAAACUUGCAUCUGUGGUUAGGUGGUUUGUUCAUUCCUGAGGCAUACAUCACGGCAUCUCGUCAGUACGUAGCCCAGGCCAACAGCUGGUCACUGGAGGAACUCUGUCUGCAGGUCAUAGUGCAUGAGAACAAGGACAAGGUCAAAUUGGAUGCAUGCAGUUUCGGAGUUGUCGGUUUGAAGUUGCAAGGCGCUCUCUGCAGUGACAAUGCCCUUCAACUCUCCACAACCAUAUCAACGGACCUUCCUAUUGUCUGUCUCAAAUGGGUUCGUUUUGACAGCAUCCAAUCAUCAGAGACGCGCAUCAACCUGCCCGUCUACCUGAAUCCCUCCAGAGCUCAGCUUCUCUUCACUGUUGACUUCGAGUCGAAAGGUGAGGGUUCAGGCAAGGACCACAGUUUCUAUGAGAGGGGAGUGGCUGUCAUCGCAAGUUCUCUUGGGUCCUGAUCAACUUGAAAGUUGUUGUCUUCAGGAUUGUGCUGAUAUGGAUUUAAUGAUAAAAAUGCUUGAGAUGGCAAUGGAUUAAAACAUAUAUAUAGAAAAUUUUAAUCAUUAAAUUAGCUUUUUUUGUGCUAAACUUUAAUUGAACCAAUUAUAUCUUAGAAUCACUAUACUUUCCUUAUUAUUGUAUUUUAACGAAAUUUUGGUGGAUUGAUAAAUUACAGGUGGAUGAAUAUCAAUGUAUUGCUACGAAACAUUUACUAAAUUAAAUUAACUUUAUUAAAUUGACCCGUUUGAUUUUGAUUCGUGGGUUAAAGUUCACGUUAAAAUUUCGUCGUUAUGUCACAUUCAACUUUUAAAACAUCAAAUGUAGUGAUGGGAGCGUUAUUACGUAAAUUUUAAUAAUAGUUGAUAGCUUUCACAUUUCUUUUGUUCAUCUCGUUCCAAUGCUUAUUUGCUUUAUUCAUUGUCUAUUUGUUCCGUUGUUCUCAAUCACAUUUCGAGCAUUUGACCACACGCUGUUUUGGCUGGUUGAAUAAAAUUAUUAAAUAAUGA